AUGUCGAGCGUCGGCCAGGAAAAAGAUGAAAAGGAUGCAGGCAGCGUCGAGAACGCGAUCGCCCCGGCGGAUAGCCUCCAACUCGAGAAUAAGCGGGCAUUCACGACCACACGCCCGGAGUUGUGGGCAUUCUACGUGUACUAUAUUGGUAACAAUGGGCUCUCAGGUUUCAAUUUCGGGCCCUCGCAGUUCCAGAAUCUGCUGUACCUCGCGGGGUACGACCCAAGCUAUGCCCCGUUCACCGUACCCUGCGGUACAGGCACAGACUGUGUACUCCCUUACCUCGGACGUGUCCGCGACGUCAACGCUAUCGUUCUCCUGACUAAUGGCAUCAGCUUUGCGAUACAGGCCGCCGUGCUUCUCUUGAUCGGCGCCUGGGCGGACUACGGGCAGUGGAGACCCAAUAUCACUAUCUUUUUCACCCUUCUUGCUGUUGCGGUGUCCUUCGCCUGGCUCGGGGUUGAGGAUCCCUCGCAGUGGAAGGCUGGCGUCGCGUUGUACAUUCUCGGGCUUAUAACGUAUCAGUGUGCGUUGACAUUCUGGACUGCAGCCUUUCCCGGGCUCGCCCGGGACCUCCCAGAAAUACAACAAUCCGAAGAUGAUGUUGCGGCGGGCACCAAAACUGUGGAAGAGCACGCAAAAUUCGAGUCCCUUGCGCGUAACCGCAUCUCGAACAUGUCCUUCACAAUCUGCUCCGUCGGCGAGGUCCUUAUCCUCGCCGUCAUGGUUGGCAUCCUCAAGGGGCUUCACUCAGAUGCGAGCACGGAGAACAACACCAAGGCAUUCAGCGUCCUCAUCGCGUUCUCAGGCGGCGUCUGGCUGCUCUGCGCGCUCCCAUGGUUUUUCCUGGAGAAGCGGCGCGCUGGACUCGCGCUCCCGCCAGGCAUGUCGCUAUUGACGAUCGGAUUCAAACAGACGUAUGUGGCGCUGCGUGAAUGCAUGAGGCUCAAGCAGACAUUCCUGUACCUCAUAUUCUACUUCCUCAUGGGAGAUGUGCUUAAUACCACCGUUACGGUUGUUGGCACGCUACAGAACAGUGUAGUAUCCUACUCCACUCUGCAGCUGACAUUGCUCCUCAUCGUCGGGCUCAUCACACAAGCACUUGGUAUCUAUAUCUACUGGGUAGUGCAGAAGUACUUCAAGAUCUCAACAAAGGCGAUGCUCUGCUUCAACGUAUUUUGGAUCAUCGUCCUAACGAUUUGGGGCCUCAUCGGCAUCCACACGGAUAAGUUCGGGUUCAAGCAUGUCUGGGAGAUAUGGAUGUAUCAGGCAUACUACGGCCUGGCGGUGUGCCCCUGGUACGCCUACAGCCAAACAUUGAUAAGUGAGGUCUCUCCUAUGCCCCAAAUGUUUCUCUUUUUCGCACUCUUCUCCGUGAUCGGGAAGACCUCAGCGUUCAUCGGGCCCUUCGUGUCCUCUGCCAUCAUUACUGCCUCGGGCAACAAUGACAAUUACCCGUUCGUCUUCUUGUUCUCACUAGGCGUAGCCAGCACAGUGUUCCUCUAUCUGGUAGAUGUCAAGAAGAGCCAUGCAGAGUGCGAGGCGUUCAUUGCGGCCGAGGCCGAGCGGAAAGCAUUUGCGGUUCCUGUUGUCUAG